UCGGAUGAAGAAGUGAACGCGCUUGGCCCAGCCUCCGCCGCACACUUUUUGCGUGCGGGUCCACGACCUAUGAAAGCGCGCUCUCGGGGUUUCAGGUGAAUGGGGACUGAGGACGGGAGUGAGUUACGGUCCUGUGCGCAACACCGAAAAGGGAGAAAUGGAGAAAAUUGCUCAAAAGACCCCGAACUGGGCACAAGUUUUCAUGACAGCGUAUCUUCUGUGGGUUACGGGAGCAACUGCACAGAAAGUGUACUUCGACUGCGGGGCGGUGGUGGACGUGGUGGACACCCGAGGCCUCGUCCUGUCGCCGGGGUUUCCGUACAACUACUCCUCCGGCACGCACUGCGUCUGGCAGUUCUUCGUUCCCGUGGGUUACCGGCUGGCCAUGGAGAUCCUCGACUUCGACGUGUUUGAGAGCCACGACAUCGUCGCCAGGUCCCCUGUCGACUCGCAGUGGGGAAUGGAGGAGGAAGAGGAAGAGGAGGAGGAGGCGGUAUAUGACAGGGCCACACCCACCCCCAGGGGGACCCCCAUCGAUGGGGAUUACCUGGCUCCCCCCGACAGCCCUGGCCUUCAGGCUCCCCUGGGGGCCACCCCAAAGCCCUCCCAGGCCCCCCAGAAGGAGGCGGUCAAACAGAUGGUGGUGGUGCAGGAACAGUCCACCAAAAUGGAGAUGGCCAAAGUGUCCAACUCGGCCAAGUGGACCGCCGAAUCUUCCCCCGCCCCUGCCUCCCCGUCACCUCAGUUAUACCCCCAGCGCCCCAGCCAGAAACAAGAGAACUCCAUUUCCCAUCAGGCCUCGAGAGGAGACGGCGACCCCGACCCAAGCGAGCCUGAGUACUGGGCCGCCCCAACCCCCCCGGCUCUGACCCCUCCGUCGCCCACGGAGACGGACACGGAGGCCGCCAGCCCGGAGACCCAGCAGCCGCUGGCGGACGCCUGCCCGCACGACGUGCUCUACAUCUCCGACCUCGUCACCUUCUCCUCCCGGUUCUGCGGCUCCAACAAGCCCACGGGCCUGCAGCUGGCCUUCGGCUCGCAGGCGGAGAUGGUGGAGGUCAUCGUGGAGCUCAUCACCACCACGCACUGGGGGCGGGGCUUCGCCCUGCUCUUCCGCUACCAGAACCGCACCGAGCUCGGCGACCAGCGGCUCCUCGCUCCGUCCGCCGCCGGCAAGACGGACACCCUGCUGGCGGCGGUUUGCGGAGCCGCCUUCUUCGCCGUGGCGCUCACCGGCGCCCUGUGCGUCAUCUUCAGACCUAAACUAUGCGUGAAGAAAGCCAACGCCAGUUCGUCCAAUAGCUCGGAGCUGCAGGCGGGCGUGCCCAGCUCUGCGCCGGACGUCAGCGAGCUGCAGCUGGUGCCGCCCAAUCAGCCCGGCCUGGAGGUGCCCGCCAACGACGAGGACCACGGACGCACCCCGAGCCCGGGACAGCCGCACUCAGGUUCCUCUAUCAGUGCUGGGGCUGAUGUUUCCCAGAAUUCCGAGCUGGAACUGUCGCCUGACGGACUGACGGAGCUGGACCUGGGGACGGACGAGGUGUUCGUGAUUUCGUCGGGGCCCAGUACGAGCACGCGACUGCCGUCCUGCCCCUACACGCACAGGGAACGGUUCCUGCGGCACAGUGACACCGGCCCCAGCCCCGGGUGCGACUGGCCGUCCCCCGGGUCCUCCGGCGACCUCCCCGCGGGGGGGCAGGGCAGCCAGGGGGGCGGGGGCGGGGCCAGCAGCGCCAGGCCGCGAGCGUGGAGCGUGCGCACCUUCCAGGACCUGCUGCCCCCCCUGCCCCAGCUCCACAGGAAGUGGCGGAGCUGGAAUUCCAGCAGCCCCUUCACCAAGCUGGUGGACAGCGCCCCGGGCGGUUCAGGGCCAGGUUACCACGGCGACGGCCCCCGUAAGAUCUUCUCGGAGACCCACCUGGAGGCGGGCGAGCGGGCGGACUCCUCGGCCGGCAGCGCCUCCUACCCGCUCACGCAGGCGGCGCAUAGGCAGCGGCGGCUCCACUCCGCCAGCAACCUGCGCCGCUCCCGAUUCGCCGGCAAGGGGCCCCACCCCCACGGCCAGGCCCCGCCCACCGAGGCCGUGAACGGCUUUGAGGCCCCUGGCGGCGGCGGCGGCGGCGGCGGCGGAGGGAAGCAGUGGGAGUUCCCGGGGGACGGCGAGCACGUCAGCGUGCCCGUCUUCGCCAUCUCCGAGGAGGAGGACCGCCAGCCGCUGGUCGCGGCGGAGCACCUGGGGCAGCCGCCGGCGCCGCUCCCGAACGGGCUGGGCCCCGAGCCGUACGGCGGAAAGUCUCCGGCCCGGGGGAGGGGCCCGGCGGCCCAGAGCCCGCGACCCAGCGGCGGCGUCGGCUCCGCCAACGGCUCGCUCCUUCCCCGAGCGCGCUCAGACCGGAGGCCCUGGGGAAGCCACGCCUCCUCCCCCUCCUCCUCCAGAGAUGGCCCCUCCCUCCCCUCCUAUUCGCCCGUGGACGCCGAGGUCCGGGAGCUGAAGUCCGCCCUGGUGCACCACAGCACGGCCAAUCAGAUCAAGCCUGCCUCUCUCAGCCAAUCAACAGUGCCAUGCAGUGUGGUGGGCAAAGAGAUGUGACCUGUCCAACCAGAGGACAGAGAACACUUCUUGGUUUUUUAAAUGCCAAUUUAUAAAAUGUAAAGGAAUAUACAACCAACAGAAUACCUUCGAUUUCUAGCCUUAUAUUAUAAUUGUAUUUAUGAAGAUGUGGUUUUUGGGCAAAAAGAUGAAUACAUGGAACGGGAGAAGAACCUUUUACUCAAGUUUUUUUUUUUUGUUUUUUUUUUUAAAGCUCCACUCACCACCAAUACAUUUCAUAAACCAACAUAUUUCUACAAAUAAUAUACUCAAUCUACAAAUGUGUAUGUCUGUAUCUUAUCAAAAGCCACAAUUAACAUGUUUGCUGCUCUGACACUUAAGCACUUAUCUGGAGCGUCUUGCUGACACUUUGGUGAAAUUCUGUGGGAGAAGUUGAACUCAAACCGGCUCAGUCCUUUGGAGAACCUUUGAUUGUUUGUUGGUCCAAACUGGCUGCAGAAC